AUGAGCUCCCCCGGCGCGGAGGGGGCGGGCAAGCCCCUGCAGUACCGGGUGGAUCACCUGCUGAGCGCCGUGGAGAGCGAGCUGCAGGCAGGCAGCGAGAAGGGUGACCCCACGGAGAGGGAGCUGCGGGUCACGCUGGAGGACAACGACCUGUGGCUGCGCUUCAAGGAGCUCACCAACGAGAUGAUCGUCACCAAAAACGGCAGGAGGAUGUUCCCGGUGCUGAAGGUGAGCGUGUCGGGGCUGGACCCCAACGCUAUGUACUCCUUCCUGCUGGACUUCGUGGCGGCCGACGGGCACCGCUGGAAGUACGUGAACGGAGAGUGGGUGCCGGGCGGGAAGCCCGAGCCGCAGGCGCCCAGCUGUGUCUACAUCCACCCCGACUCGCCCAACUUUGGCGCGCACUGGAUGAAGGCGCCGGUCUCCUUCAGCAAAGUCAAACUCACCAACAAGCUCAACGGCGGCGGGCAGAUCAUGUUGAACUCUCUGCACAAGUAUGAGCCAAGGAUUCAUAUAGUGCGAGUGGGUGGCCCACAGCGGAUGAUCACUAGCCAUUCCUUCCCAGAGACCCAGUUUAUAGCCGUGACGGCCUACCAGAAUGAGGAGAUCACAGCUUUAAAAAUUAAAUACAAUCCGUUUGCAAAGGCAUUUCUUGAUGCAAAAGAAAGAAGUGAUCACAAAGACAUGAUGGAGGAGGUGGGAGACAACCAGCAGUCUGGGUAUUCUCAGUUAGGCAGUUGGCUUAUUCCUGGGACUGGGGCUCUGUGCCCACCUGCCAAUCCUCACGCUCAGUUUGGAGCCCCCCUGUCCCUGUCCCCUGCUCACAGCUGUGAAAGAUACUCAUCGCUGAGGAAUCACCGUCCUGCCCCCUACCCCAACCCCUACACCCAUAGAAACAACUCGCCAACAGCCUAUGCCGAUAACUCCUCUGCCUGCCUUUCCAUGCUGCAGUCCCAUGACAACUGGUCUUCUCUAGGAGUUCCCACACACACAACGAUGCUGCCCAUGAGUCACAGCACUGGCACAGCUACCAGCUCCAGUCAGUAUCCUAACUUAUGGUCUGUGAGUAACAGCACCAUCACGCCGGUGUCCCAGUCGAGCGGGAUGUCCAACGGCCUGAGCUCCCAGUUCCUACGCGGCUCUCCCGCGCACUACCCUGCCCUCCCGCACCCGGUCGCUGCCGCCUCCUCCACCUCCCCCCUGUACGAGGGCGGGACGCCCACGGACCUGCCCGACAGCCAGUACGAUGCCUCCGCACAUGCCAGGCUGGCGGCCACCUGGACACCCGUCACCCCCCCUUCCAUGUAAACCCAGAGCUUUCCCUAUGAGACAGACUAUUUAGCUACUGAAUUACUUUAAAUGCUUUAAUCCUCAAGGAAGAGAAAAAGGAGACAUGAGGUAAAUUACAGCAGAAGAAUCUGCACUGCUUUGCAUAGAGCAUCUACAUUAUACCUCUUGUAGUGAACAGUGCAUCACUGACUUAGUGAAGAGUUUACAAAACUGGUGAGCGUGCAAUUCUGAGAGCAGAUUCACUGCUUUUAAUUUAAUUUUUUUUUUUUUUAAAUUUUAAGUUUGAUAGACUGAAGUUUUAAGAUUUUUACUUAGAUUCCAGAUUUCUCAGUGUUCUGAUACGUUUGGAACUGAAGUUUGGCGUCAUUCUUGAGUAAGUUACUCCUAACUGUUUUUCAGUUUUUGUUG